UAGCAUCUGGCACAGCACGGUCAGAACCACUGGCCUUGAAUCCCUAAAUCUCCCUGAUUUGUACACGUGCCAUAAUUUUCUCUCCCGAAACUCCCUCACUCUCUCUCUCUUCUCUCUCUCUGUAACUCUCAUCUCAUCACAGAAGAAGAAGCAGAGAAAGAGAAAGAAAAUUCCUAGAAAAUAUAUUCAAAAGAAGGAAGGAAACAACGGUUAUCAAGAAGGGAAGAAAAUAAUUAAAAAAAUUGGAAAAUGGGGAAACUUCUAUGCGAUCCAACGGAGACAUUUCAAACGUCUUCUCCGACGGUACCUCGGAGGGAACCUAAUGACACGACACUUGAACCGGUUGAUCUAGGUGACCAGAUCAUCACGGCUACUUCCACGUGGGACGACGUGAUUGGCCUAGAGGACCAACAGAGACGGCAUCUCACCAAGCUUCACGCUAAGGGAGUGCUGUGGAAGCACCCCAACGAGAGCGGCUCCUCGUUGGUGUUCCGUCUGUCUCACGGCGGCGAUGUGUCGACGGAUGGGAACUGCCUUUUCACGGCCUCGCAGAGAGCCAUGGCGCGUGAGGUCGACGCGCGAGAUUUGAGGAAGCGGACGGUGAAGCGUUUCUUGGAGGAUCUUGGAUCUGCUAUGGAAGAAGAGAGACAGAUGAUAAAUGAGGUGAUCCGGAAUAUGUACUCUCCGGAUCUGAGGAACGGGUGGGGUGUUCAUGUGGUUCAAGAAGUUAAGUUGUUAGCCAAGAAGGAGGAGCGCGUUGCCUUGGAUUCUUCCAUUGAAGAGCUCGUUCAGCUCGGAAUGCAAAGAGAAUUGGUUGCCGAAUCUAUUUACAAAGAGAGAUGUGUUCCUGUGAAUGACGGCUCGAGCUGGGCCAAAUACAUGUCCAUUUCUGGUUCACCUGGUGAUGAAUAUGAUAUCAUCACUUUGCAAUAUACUGAGGAGGGUUUAUUAUCUGUAGAUGAGAACAGAGAAGGCCGUGCUGCUGCAUUUGGGGAUGACAUUGCCAUCGAAUGUCUUGCAACUGAGUUCAAUCGCGAGAUAUAUGUAGUGCAAGCACAUGGAUCAGAUGCUAUGGUUGACGAAGACAACUGUGUUUUCUUCCUUCCGCAUCGUCCAAGGAGUGAAAUAUGUGGACCUCCCUUCUUUCUGUUUAUGAAAGGAACAGGUUGGUGCGGUGCUGGCGCUGAUCAUUACGAACCACUGAUUGCCCAUGCUUCUUCGCUUGUUUCUCCGGAGAAGGUUGCUCUCGUACUGGGGCAAUGAGUUGAAUCCUACAGUUUUGCGGUGUAGAGAUUUAACUAGAAAGUGGUUCAUUAUUUUUUCCCUCAAUAUUUGGUAUGCAAUGUGAUGUAGUACUUCUCGGCAAUGCUUUUGUAGGAGAAUUUCAUCGCACUGCAUAGCAUAGCGUAGCACAGAAUUCUUCGUUUUUUUGGUUAACAUUAUCUAGAAUUGGUUAUCCUCUUACGUUUAGUUUGCAGGUAUGGUUGAUGCCUGCGAUUUGAGAAAGGUCUGAAUAGUGUUUUGUAGUGGUUCUGUCUUGCAUUCCGGCUUCUGUUGUGCUGUUGUUGUGGUUGAGUUAUGUAGUAGUUGUUCGGCGGUCGGUCAGUGCUAUUUGCUUCAAGCUGGAAUAGUGCCUGCCUGCCUUGCCUUGCCACCCAUUU